CUCCCCCUCUCCCCUGACUCCUCCCCAGUCUCCUCCCACACCGGGACUGUCAGCUGUGGUCGCUCCUCUCCUCCCUGGUUCCCCGGCAUCCCCCCAGCAUGCAGACCGCUCUCCUUCUCCUCAGCCUGGGGCUGACCUGCUCCCUGACCCUGCAGCCCCCGGACGAGCUGCUCUGGGACGGGGUCUCUCUGUUUUCCAAGGGAGAGUGGUCGGAGGCCCGGGACAAACUGUGGGGGGCGCUGCGGAGCCUGCAGGAGGUGCGGGGGGUCCGGCUGAGAUGCGGGGAGCAGUGCGGGCUCCCAGGGGCCCAGCUGGAGGAGGCCGUGAUGGGGAGAGCCGAGUGCCUGCUGAGCUGCGAGCGCCUGCAGCUGGGGGAGCCCUCCCUGUACCGCCUGACCCAGGACACCGAGAAGACCUUCCACAGGGGGGCGCCCUACAACUACCUGCAAGUGGCACAUUACAGGUUGGAGGAGUUGGAUGAAGCUGCUGCAGCUGCUUACACUUUCUAUGUGAGGAACCCCCACCAUGAACAGAUCCAAGGGGAUGUCACCCGCUAUCGCACUAUGAAAGGGGUUCAAGAACAGAGCUUCAGGGACCUGGAGGAGCCUCCAUACAAGGCUCUGUUUUCCCAAGCGGAGUCUCUACUAUCUCAGGCGAAGCACACCACCGCCGUCCUGAGGCUGGAGGAAUCACUGAGCUCCUGUCUGUCUACACUCCACGACUGCCGGACCCUCUGCGAGGGAACGCGAGAGCGGGAGAAUGAAACUCAAAGGGACUUCCCCGAGGUCAUUGCAGAUUACUACACGCAGAUCUUGCAGUGUAAGCAGCAGUGUAUCCUGGAGGUAUCAUUGUCGCUGGGACAGAAGCGAUCGCAGCAGGAUAUUCUCAUAUCUCAUCUGCAGCUGCUUCAGGAGGGAUACUCGCAACUUGGGGAUUGGGAGUCCGCUGCGCGGGUCGCACGGUCAUUACUACUUUUCCAGCCGCAUAACGAGACUGUGCUAAAAAGUCUACGUGGAUAUGAAGAGAAACUGCCUGGCAAGAGUGAGAUCAGACCACGAGCGAACAUUGCAUCCUACGUGCGCCAGGUGCUGUCUGAGAAGAAGUUGCUGUAUUACGUCAUGGAGAACCUAGGCAUCGAUUUUCAAGAUCCGGAUCUUUGGACCCCAGAGGAAAUUAUCCCAGAAAUUUUUAGAGAAAGAGUCAGAGCUGAGAGAACAGCAACGGAGGAAGCGGGUGGACAACUACCAUAUGAGGAGGUGACGGUGACACUGACUCCAAGGCAAAUGAACGGGACAUCCAGAGUCACCAUGGAUGGGGUCCUCACCGACGAGGAGUGCGAGGCAUUACUGGGGCUGGUGCAGGAAGCCGAAGCCUCCGGUGAAGCUUUCAAGAGAAGACGAUCACCUUACACUUCUCAUGAGCGGAUCCAAGGCCUGACCGUCCUGCAAGCCCUUCAGAUGAUUUCAUCAGAAUUGGUGGAUCGCAACCGUGCUCACUUUCUGUAUCAUGCCACUGAGCGCACUCGUAUUCUGGCGCAGUCAUACUUUGAGACCAAGACACUACAUUUCUCGUAUUCUCAGCUUGUGUGUUGGUCAGCCGUUGAGGGAGAACAGGAGGAGCGCUCAGAUCUCAGCCAUCCUGUUCAUGCAGACAAUUGUGUCCUGGACCCAGAGGAAAAGAAGUGCUGGCGGGAGCCCCCCGCAUACAUCCAUAGAGACUACAGCGGAUUGCUGUAUCUGAAUGACGACUUUCUAGGUGGGGACAUCUUCUUCACAGAACUGGAUGGGACAACAGUCACGGCAGAGGUCCGCCCACGCUGCGGCCGCUUGGUCUUGUUCAGCUCGGGGGGUGAGAAUGCCUACGGGGUUCAUGCGUUGACUCAGGGCAGAAGUUGUGCGAUAACAUUGUCGUUCACAGGAUCAGCGGAACAUGCUGAACAGGAAAGAUUACAAGCAAAGAGGAUAGUGACAGGGGAGGUCAGUAAAACUGAGGAAACAGAAAGCAAAAACUCCAGGAACGGGAGGGAGGUGUCUAGGACCGGGACGUCUGGAAAUGAAGAAAAUGAGAAACCAACAGGACGACAGCAGAGGAGACGAGUCUCCAGGAACAUCAGAGAUGAACUUUAGAGACUGAGCAUAAUGCAGCCCCGCCAGAUGGGAAGGAAGGGGUUAAUGAACUAUUGCUCUGCAAAUCAGGCCCGCCAGGUCUUGGGUGGAGGGUCACUGAAUGUAUCCGGUGUGAAAAGAGUUAACUGAAAUGGUGGUCUGGGAAAGGUUAACGAACUGCUGGGGGGGAACAUUGUGACGAUAUAUAUGGAAUAAUAUGGUGGUGCUGUGCGGGUCACAUGACCAGGGUUAAAGGGGGGCUCCAGAUUUAUGUGAAUGAAGCUGAAGCGGUGUCAGUGUAUAAUGAAAUGUUCUGCAGCUUUCUAAUAUACUUUGGGGCAAUUUAUCAGUAGCGCAGAUUUUUGCGCAAUGUGUAACUCUCUGCACAACUGUCUGUUUUAUUUUUCAGUUGCAGCGCAAAUGUCUAUCAAAAGUAUGAAAAGGUUUGUUUCGGCAGAGUUUGGCAGCGGAAUCCCAUUUGUACAAUGUGACUUUUUUCUCCCCCCC